UCCACUACUGUUUCUAGGUCAUUACUGCAUGAUAACAGGAGGUUGUACUGUUCGAGUUUUAAUUCUUCUAAUUCUUCUUUAUGUAUUUUGGCUGUGUGGAGAAACUACUCCAUACAUUAACUUUGAGUGGCUUCAGGGUUUUAAUUCCUCUUUUUUUAAAUAACUGACCACUAGAGGACGCAGCAAGACUCAUCCACCCAUAAAUCCACCCCCACCCCAGUCCUGUUUUCCUUCCAUCCCAUCAGUAUUACUGGGAGCUCUCGGUAACCAGGACGUUCCCGUCUACUACACCGGCACUGAUAUGCCACGCUAGCCGCUGCUGUCUCCUCUCUUCCGGCCAGCUGUUAGACUCAUCACCCUCCUCUGGCUGUCUAACGGUCCGACAUCAUGCUAACCUGUCGACGUAAUGUAGUUCAUUCGGCAGCAUCAGUCGCUGAGGACGAAAUGAUGCCAUCAUCGCCGGUGUGACAGCAUAGAGUGAAACAGGGCCUGAUCAUGGGAGACAGGAGGUCAACAUGUGCCGAAAUUUGUCCAAAUAUACCCUCAUCUUCCUCAUUCUAGCCCUGUCUGGCCUCUACUUCCUGCUACGCAACAUCCACACUGUGGAGAACUGGAACUGCCACACUAUUUCAGCCCUUUACCAGCUCCAGAGCAGGAUCCAGUCAUCCUUUGUCCCAGUGAAUCUCCCUACUUUUCAUCAUAACCGCACCUUCUGUGCCCAUCUGGGCCAGAAACCGUCCCCUGAAGAUGAACUGGAGGAGCGCUACCUGUUGGACUCUAUCGCCUGGCCCGGGCCUCCGCCUCGCUCUACACCAACCACCCUGCGACAGACAAGUGACCCCGUGCACAGCCUGUUCGCCAUCCUUCCCACUAAGGGAGCAAGGGAGUGGAAUGUGGGCGACCAGCUGGAAGCGCUCGUCCAAAUGCAUGACUUCCAGGGUCGUCCCAAGCGCUAUGGCGGGGAUUUCAUUUUGGCCAGGCUGCACUCUCCAGAGCUUGGAGCAGGUGUAGCAGGUAAAGUGCUGGACCACAGGAAUGGAUUUUAUUCCGCUAUGUUCCCGCUCCUCUGGGUCGGUUCUGCACAGGUUGAGAUUACGUUGGUGCACUCUAGCGAGGCUGUUGCUGUGCUGCGACGGUUGAGGGAGGAAAGGCCCGAUCGAGUGUUUUUCAAGAGCCUGUUCCGCCUCGGCUUCCUGUCUGAAACUACUGUGUGCAACAUGUGUUUGUCCCCUGACCACCAGCCUCUGUGCAACUACACAGACCUUUACACAGGGGAACCCUGGUACUGCUACAAGCCUAAGAUGCUCAGCUGUGACACCAGAAUCAACCACGCCAAAGGAGGCUAUCUGAAACACCUUAUCACCAACAAAGAAGCAUUGCUUUUUCAGAGCGGUGUAAACAUUAAAGUUCGCAUACACGCUUCAGGACCCGACAGAAUCAACGUGUUGCCUCCCAGGAAAGAAAUAGAUGUAGAAAGCAGCAGUAUAAAACCAGAAGCUCUUAAGCUAGCACCGUCUGGAUAUUACUACGAAGACUCAUGGAGGCCAUUAAGUGGCGUUGCAUUGCACCAGUUCAAUGACUCAUCUGACAUCACUCAGUGUUUAAAGAACAAGGUGAUCAACAUGUAUGGAGACUCUACCGUCAGGCAGUGGUUUGAGUACCUCAUUGCUUUAGUACCAGGAUUAAAGGAGUUUAAUCUGGACAGUCCUAAAAACGUUGGGCCUUUCAUGGCAGUGGACAGCACCCAUAAUAUUCUUUUGAAGUACCGCUGCCAUGGCCCCCCCAUCCGCUUCUCCACUGUCAUGUCCACUGAGUUGCGGUACAUUUCAAACGAGCUGGACGGCCUCUCUGGGGGUCCCAACACCGUUGUGGUCCUCAGCAUUUGGGCCCAUUUCAGCACCUUUCCUGUGGAGGUGUACAUACGGCGGCUCCGUCACAUUAGGCGGUCCCUGGUGAGACUCCUUGAACGAGCGCCGGGGACGAUCGUUGUGAUCCGCUCAGGCAACCUCCAAGCCCUGGACCAAGAGGUGAGCCUGUACAACAGCGACUGGUACUCCCUGCAGCUCGAUGAGGUGCUCAGGUCCAUGUUCAAGGGACUCAACGUUCUGCUGGUGGACGCCUGGCAAAUGAGUUUAGCGCACCACCUUCCUCACGCCCUCCAUCCACCUCCAGUCAUCGUCAAGAACAUGAUAGACACACUUUUGUCUUACGUUUGCCCAGAGAAGAAAAAAAGCCAACUGAUAUAGAAGAAGAGUAACAAUGGUGGAUCUUGUUGUUGAAGGAAACGGAGGAGUUUACUGUGUGAAUCCAUCGACCAGUUCUUCAAUCAAGUGUUCCCCAAAGCUACAUACCCUUUAAAACUGUCUUACGAAGAGACUACUUCUAGUACUGAUCUCUGUGUACCUGCCUGUUAUAUAUAUAUUUUUUGAAUCCCUCAAAACAUUUUUUUUUUUUUUUUUGAAAAUGCCAAAGACUUUGGCGCAGUGAUUGUUACUUCUGUUUCUGCUUUUCUUACCAAAGUGUUUUGUGUGUGUCUGCAGUAUUUUUACCUUAGCUUAGUUGGUAUUCUUUCAAGGUCACAUUUUGGACUUUAUAUGUAUGCAUAUAUUUAUUUGUUAGUUUUGCCAAAGCUGAAGACUUAGUGAGUUCUUGUUUCUAAGAUUACUUAAAGCAUUAUUUAAAAGACAAAAUGUGCGACUCUUUUGUCAACCAUAGUUUAACUUAUUGAGGAACAUCUUUUCAGCUUUGAUAUCCUCAUACAUCAUGUUAAGAUCAGACCGUGUGCUAGUUUUUCUUGGAUCCCACCACAUUGUUUCAGUUGAAUUUUUCCUGGUGACUUCUCUAUCUGACAGGUCAGCCUUCAGACACUCAGAACUUUCACACAGCUUUGAUAAAUGUUGUGAACAUCACUUCAGAUGCUCGCAGUUGUGUCUGUUCAUUUGAGGCUAGACCUUUGCAUACAUUUCUAUUAUCAGCUCUUUUGUAUGAAUAGCUAACUUGCUAUUGCAGUCAUUACCUUUCUAUGUUCAAUUUUGUUCUAGAUGUUUUAUAUGGAGACAUUAACAUGAUCAAAUACUGUAUGCUGCCACAUGUUCAUCAUAGGAAGACUGUAAAGAUUGGAGAAGAGAGUUAGAGUUAGUUAUAUCAGGUCUGUGUGACACAAAGGAAAUAUGCCUAUUUUCUGUCUUAUCCUGCUGUAAUGUAGGCCCACAGUCAAUUGUGUCAAAGAGUCAAUGUCAAAGAGAUCCCAAAAAAUGCCAUAAACCACUCAUUUUGUUGACAAUUUUAUUUAAAAAGUUUCAUGUUCCCAUUAAAAACAUCAAGCAUAUCUGUCGGUGCUAAAGUUUGCAGAGCAUCAUGUUCUCUAGGAGUAAAAGGUACAGCUCAUCAGUAACUUUGGCAGAAACACCACAACAGGCAGAGAGUUUUGUACAAAUCUAAGGUGAAAGCACAACGUUGUGACACUAAAUCCUCAUCAAUGCAUCCUCUGGACACAUUCAAGAAAACAAGUGCCUCACAUCAAGAACAGCUGAUUCCCACAGGGAGGCAGAGAAGGAGAAAAGGAAAUACAGGCUGAUUCUGGAGUGUUUUUAGUCGUGUGGGCAGGUUAAAAUGUGUGCAGAUAGAUAGGAGUGUAAAUUAUGAGGAAGCCUCUACAGGGUUUGAGUCCAAUGUGGCUUCUUUGCAACC